UUAUUAUAGGUCCCGCUAAUGAGGUUCCUGAUGGUCUUUGCUCCGUGGGAUUCUACUGCCCUCCAGGUCAAAGUUCAGCUCGCCCCAUAUUGUUUGUUUGUCCGAUAAACUUCUUUUGUCCUGAAGGAACUUCCGUUCCAUUACCAUGCAGAGGAGGAACUUACCAAGCAAAUAAAGGCCAAGAAUCCUGUGACCCAUGUCCAGCUGGUUUCUUUUGUCAGUUCAAUAAUGGUUCUAGCAGAAAGUUGUAUGAACUAUGUCCUGCAGGUUUCUUCUGUCCAGCUGGCACUACUAUGGGCACAGAGCAUCCAUGUGCAAAGGGUACAUUUGGUCUUCGACCUGGUUUAGCUCAUGAGUCGAGCUGUGUUCCCUGUUCACCAAGUAUGCACUGUGCUUCUGCUGGACUCUCUAUUCCUACUGGACCUUGUCACCCUGGAUACUAUUGCACUGGAAGUGCCUUUAGCCCAACUCCUGUCAAGCAUUUGGUUGAAUUUGAUAAUGCCACUUUUACUGGUAAUGAUGUUUGCCCCAUUGGUCACUACUGUCCAGAGGGUAGUAAGCAUCCAUGGCCUUGUCCACAGGGAUCAUACUCACAUACCAUGGGGCUGGCUAGUGAAGGCCAGUGUCAACGCUGUCCUCAUGGCUACUAUUGUAACCAGUUAGGACUGACAGAUUUGAGUCAAGCUCAACUUUGUGACCCUGGGUACGUCUGCCAUGCUGGAAGUACUGUGCCUCGUCCCUCAGAUGGUAUUCAGGGUUAUGUGUGUCCCAGAGGCUUUCGCUGUCCAGCUGGUAUAAUCAGAGAAAUAGCCUGUAAAGCCGGGACGUACAAUGCAUUCCCUGGUGCUGGUAUUUGCUUGCCUUGUCCUGCUGGUACUGUGUGCGGCAACAGCAGCGCAGUGGAACCUACUGUUUGCCCAAAGGGCUACUACUGUUCAUCAAGGACAACAUUUCCAUUGCCUUGCCCAGAAGGAACAUGUAAUGCAUUAAAUGGGGCCGCCUCUGCUGCUGUAUGUCUAAGCUGUCCAGCUGGGCUAUAUUGUCAGGGCAUGGCAAACUCUGAACCAGACGGUCCAUGUGUAGGAGGAUAUUACUGUCAGGGCGGUGCAAGUAGUCCCACACCACAGAGCAAUCUAGCAUUUCCAAUGAAUGGUCCUUGUGCUGCAGGUUAUUAUUGCCCAACAGGCACUAAGUCACCAAUUGCAUGCCCAAAGGGAACAUUUAAGAAUAUAACUGGAGGAGAUUCUUUAGAGUUCUGCACACCAUGCUACCCUGGCUAUUACUGUGCAAAUAAAGGUCUCAGCCAGCCCAGUGGACUACGCUUUGCUGGAUUCUACUGCCCUGGCAAUCACAGUUCAGUCAAUCCUAAUGCUUUUUCCUGCCCAAGGGGAUAUUUUUGCUCUGAAGGCUCAGGAUCUCCCAUUCCAUGUCCAGCUGGAAAAUAACAAGCAAAUAUGCGUUCUGAUGAGUGUAUCCCCUGUCAGGCUGGAUUUUACUGUAAGGAAGUUGCGACAGUCGACCAGAUACCAUGCCCACCCCACUUUUACU